AAACACCAACCUCUACAACCCGCCAGCCAUGCAAGAAUUCGACGGGAGAGAGGACUCUCCCAUGCCUGUCAUGCCCUCCUAUGGUGUACUCGCGACCCUCACUCACGUCAAGCGUCAAAGCGGCCAAGAUUUGAACACGUUCCCCAUUGAUUCAGAGAAGGUGACAAUUGGACGAGAUUGGGAUAGUGAUUUGAGGUUGUACUACAGCGAUGUUUCCAAGCUUCACGCGGAGAUCAUCUUGGAUCUUGUGUCUGGCCACGCAUCGCUUCACGUACACGGCAAGAAAGGUGUUGUUCACGUACCCGAGGGCGGACAGCCCACAACGUACCAGCCACCAUCGGUCAUUCCUCUUGCCGAGAACGAUUGUAUCAUCAUUAGAAAAAAGCUUUUCAGGUUCAACUAUGGUCCAAUGGAAGAUGUUGGCGCUGCAUCAGAGUUUAUGUCUCCAGUCCCUCAAUCUGUUCAGCCCCGUUCCCCGGCACCUGGUACACCCGUCAGACGACGGCCGACCGUUUCCUUUUCUCCCGUACCAAACACCAUAAGGAAAAGGGCAUCUCAUAGGAUGUCUCUUGUCCCCGCAGACAAGAUUUUCCACCCUUGCUCCCCGGCCAGGAACAGGAGACACAGCACUCUGGGGUUGGGUAAUAUGAAAAUGGGGUCGAGCAAAUCCCAGCUGGGUCAGGAAGUGGUGGUGGAGGAACAGGAGGAUGCCGACCAGUCAAUCAUUGGGGUAGCCGAGGGAGAAGAUGGCGAUAAAAUUUACCUUGAAAUCACCGAAGAAGUUGAAGAAAAGGAUGAAGAAACGCCUGAACCAGCUUCUUCAAUUGACAGCAACCCAUUCUUGACACCUCAGCAGAAGGGAAGAGCGCCACUCCGUAACACCAGCGCUGUACCUCGUACUCGCAAGUUUUCUGCUCCAGAAACAACCGAAGACUCUGCCGGCAAACCAGCUCUUGACAAAUCUACUCCACCACCAUCAAGCCCUCAUAAAGACCCACAAUCACUCCCAGUUACCCCCGUCCCUGUUCCUGCGCAUGUAGCUCUUUCCACGCCAAAAGGCCCAGCCACUCUCCGAAAGGCCUUGCUCCUGCGUUCUGCGCGAAAGGUUUGGCAUGAAACACAUGCUACUGGCCUUGAUGGAGCCAUACAAGAUGGCUUUGUGGAAACCACUAGAAGGAAGAGUACCAGCCCCAGAGGCGGUAGGAAAAGUACCAGCCCUCAGGAAACCAAUCCUCAAGAGGCUGUAGUGGACAAUGAUGUUGAAAUGGAUGUUGACGCUGAGCCUGAACCACCAAACAAUGAAGCCGGCGAAAACCAAUUUGAAUGGGUGUAUGAAGACGGCCAAGCAGAAAUAUCAUUUGACUCUGAAUCUAGUAAUAUGGACUCUUUCGAUGCGGACGUCUCUCUUGACAUUCCUGGACAAAGUGUGAUGCAGCUUGACAUUCGCACAGAAGAAGAAGAAGAGUAUCUAAACAACCCCCACCAUGAAGAUGAAGAGAAAGUGGAGCCGAAGGCAGAGUACGAGGAGUACGAAGUGCAGGUCCAAGGAUCGGAUAAUGAGGAUGUACAAGGCGAGGAGGUCGAAAUGGCAGGGAAUGUUGAACACACCGAAGGCGAGGUUGAGGACGAGGACGAACAAGACGACAUGCCGACCUCCCUGCCGGGCACACCUUUAGCUCGACCCACUUUAACCAACACGUUCCUAACACCUCAAGUCUCUCGAAGCACUGCUUUUGGUCAAAUCCGUCGAUCCCUUGGUCCCCCCGUUCGUCUUCCGAUGACACCAAACUCGCUUGGAACAUUUACCUCUACGCGUACCCCUGGAUCCCUUGGGAAACCUAGCAGGCGGCUUGAUCUUAACGCGAUGAAGAAGGAAAGCGAAGAGGAGGAAGAGGAAGAGGUUCAAACAGUGGAGGAGAGAAAGCCAAUGGCUACUCCCAGGAGAUCCGCCACAGCUAUUGCAGAAACGAAGCGACUCCACGAUGCCCUCGCUACUCCUCGCACCCUUCCCCUCCCUCCUGCAAGCGGGUUCAAAAAUCCCAUUCCCGAAUCCCGCUUCACAAAUCUCCUAUCGACCCCGGCGCACCCAGCUCUUGCACCUCGAACCCCGGAGCCCGAGUCUGAAGACGAUCGAGAGCCCGAUGAGAAGGCCAAGGUUCCAGGCACUCCCUUGGAUGAUCUCAAAAAGCGUCUUAAUCAGAUGCGAAGGCAAAGCGUACAACGUAGCUCUACUCGUCCUGCUGAGAGAAGAGCGACUGUAGGGUUUGUACUUCCUGGUACCCCUGCGCAAAGGCCUGCAUUGGGUCACAGUGCUUCUUACAGUGUUGCACCCAUUAGAAGGUCAGGCCAAGUUCUCAGGACACCGAUCUUUCCUCCGCUGAAGCGCGAGCCUAUGGAAACUAUUGUGUCGCCUGACUCGAUGGAUGUUGAUGAGAAGAUUGAGAGCCCUACUCCGGCAUCCUAUGCUCACGCCGUUACUUCCCCCACUCCUCAAUUCAAUACGACUGCUAAAACUGAUCCUUCUACACCUUCCGGUGCUUCUUCUCACAUGCUCAACCUCCCCAGUCCAUGGAGGACACUCACUCGUUUAGAUAGUGGACGAGCUCUAACGAGCCCCGCCAAGAUUUCCAACUCUCCAGCAGCCAUAGAGAACGCCACUUCGCCGGCCAAAGGAACGCAACAAACGCCAGACUUCACCGGGUUGAAAACCAUGUUUGCCGAGAAGAAAAUUGCUGCUACGCCCAACAUGGUGGGGGUCAAGAAGUUGUUUGGAGAACUCAAAGUCUCGGAAACUCCCAAUAUGGAGGGCUUAAAGGAGAUGUAUAAGGAAGAAGAGGAGCAGAAGGAGGAGGAAGGGGUUGAAGAGCUGGUCGGUGCUUUAGAAGAGGAGAAGGGAAGGAACGAUGCUGCAUCGGGACAAGUGCAGGAGCAAGAUGAGAUCGGAGUGAAUGGCAAAGGUAAGGCAGUUUCGACUAAAUUGCCGAGGUUUGCUGGGUCGACCAGCACACGGACCAGACGAGCCGUUGCAAGCGAAGAGCAAGCUCCUGCUCCUGCUCCUGCAAAGGCUACUCGCGCCACAACCACUCGCACUGCGAUUCGCAGCACUUCAUCAGCCACAUCCAGCACUACUGAAACAGCCUCUAGGCCUUCUCGACGCAAGGCUACUCCUUCCGCCGUUGUCGAGACACCUUCUGUUCCCGAACCUACUUCACGUUCCUCCCGCUCUCGUCGUGCACCCAGCAAUGAACCAUCCACUGGAGCAGGCAUGUCUCGUUCUACUCGUGGCAAGUCUACCGCCGAACCGGAGGAGAAACCAAUCGUGGAAGAGGAGCCUCCAGUCCAUCUGGUCCCUGCUGUCGCCAGUACUCGUUCCAGAUCAACUUCUGCAAGAUCGACAAGGAAGGCGUCUGUGGAAGUUGACGAGAAGCCGGAAGAGGUGGUGUCAAAGCCUACCCGCGGAAAAAAGAUUUUGAGUCAGAUUGAAGAACAGCCGGCGGCUGAGACAGUUGCUGAGAAGAAAUCUGCACCUACUCGAGCUAAACGUGCCAUUCCCACGGCCUCAGCGACAUCAACCACUUCCACCACCACUACUAGACGUGUAGUCUCUGCUCCAUCACGUACUAAAACCUCCACCGCUGCUUCGUCUGCCUCGACUGACGAGAAGGUGUCUGUGCCCACAAGGCGUAAGGGCAAGACUGCUGAAAAGGAGAAUGAUGAGACAUUUGUUCAGGAGAAGGAGGAAAAGCCAGCUGUUAAAAGAAGGGCGACGACUGCAGGUGGUUCGAAUCUUCCGGUUGCGAGUGGAAGGACAACCAGGAGUAGGAAGUAACGAUAGUUACUAGGGGAUGUUGUAAGAUAGGUGCAUUUCUACCGGUUUUAGCGAAGAUACCCGUUUGAUACUGUCAAUUAAUGAUCGUUCCUUGUGAUAUGGAUAUAUUGCGAAGC